GCCGUGAGGGGCCGUGAGGGGCGCGGGGGAAGCAGCUGCCGGCGCUGCCGCCUCACCGAGCACAGAAAGGAAACGAGCGCCCAGUUUUAAACCUGAAGUAAAAGGGAGGAAAAACUCGCAAUGGCUUCUGAAGGGGCAGAAUAUACAAUUGGGGGGGUGAAGAUCCUCUUCCCCUGCAAGGCUUACCCCUCCCAGCUUGCUAUGAUGAAUGCUAUUGUUAAAGGCUUAAAUAACAGGCAGCACUGCUUGCUGGAGAGCCCUACAGGAAGUGGCAAAAGCUUGGCAUUACUUUGUUCUGCAUUAUCAUGGCAGCAAUCAUUGUAUGAGAAAUCAGUGCCAACCUCAUCGUGUGAGAAGGAGGACAGGAAGGCAGAGCCAUCCCCACCAUGCUGCUGCAAGUGUCACUCCCAGUCAAAGAGCAACGAGGCUGCAACGAGUAGUACUCCCAGUGCUCCUUGUUCUGCUAAUAAUCCUGAGACAGAAACUUCCAGAAAACCUGGAAGCCCACUGACAAACACAGAAUGUAAGGAGAGUGAAACACUAGCUUCAAAGCUGUCUGCCAAAAAAAAGUUAUCUCUUCGUGACAGUGAAAAUGAUGACUUUCAAGUAGACAGGAAAAGGAUUCGUCCUUUAGAAACAGAGCAGCAGGUCAGAAAACGUCAGUGCUAUGCAAAAGGGGUGCAGUUAGUUGAUGCUUUAGAAGUUUAUAAUCAGAGAAAAAAUGGAGAGCUGACGGUUCACUCUGUAAAAGACGUGAAAACCACUACUUUAUCGCCGCAAACACCUCCUGGCCGUUGCACUGAGUGUUCCUGUUCUUCUGGGAAAGAACCUGAUAAAGAUCCCAGUCACACAAAGAAGAAAGAAAAUGGAGAUCGGUUGUGUGUUCCCAAAAUUUUUUUUGGGACACGAACACACAAGCAAAUAAGCCAGAUCACCAGGGAGCUGAGGAGGACAGCAUAUUCCUAUGUCCCCAUGACAAUCCUUUCCAGCAGGGACUAUACCUGUAUUCAUCCAGUGGUAUCCAACAGUAGUAACAGGAAUGAACUGUGUGUGGAAUUACUGGACGGGAAACAUGGCAAAUCCUGYUCUUAUUACCACAGUGUUCAUAAGCUCAGGGAGCACCAUCUCCUGCAGUCUGCACAGGGGGUGUACCGAGCUUGGGACAUUGAAGAUCUGGUGAGCCUGGGCAGGCGGCUUCGUGCCUGUGCCUAUUUUGGAGCCAGAGAGCUGAUGGUGGAGGCAGACAUUGUGUUUUGUCCUUACAAUUAUCUUCUGGACCCACAGAUCCGGGAGUGUAUUGACAUUAAACUCAAAGACCAAGUAGUCAUUUUGGAUGAAGCUCAUAACAUGGAGGACUGUGCUCGGGAGUCCGUGAGCUACGAGGUUACUGAGGGUCAGCUCAGAGCUGCCCGAGAGGAGCUCGAUUUCAUGGUCAAUAACAACAUCAGGCAGCAGCAUCAUGAGCCCCUCCGAGCUGUCUGCUGCUCCCUGAUCAACUGGUUGCAGGAGAGCUCUGGGCAGCUGGUGGAGAGAGCCUAUGAAACUUCCUGUAAGGUGUGGAGUGGCAAAGAAAUGCUCAACUUCUUGCACAAAAUGGGAAUAACUGGGAUUAAUUUUCCCAUUUUACAGAAACAUCUUGCUGCUGUCCUGGAAAAAGAAGAAAAAGUAUCCACGCAUGGGAGAGAGGAAGUUAUUGAGGUGCCAGUUGUGAGCCCUGCGACACAGAUAGUGCUCAAAGGCUUGUUCAUGGUGUUUUACUAUCUCUUCAAAGACAAAAACAGGUUUGCAGAUGAUUACAGGGUUGCUUUGCAACAAACGUACACUUGGGUAACUGAAAACCAGCAUGAUGAUGGAGAURCAAGUUCCUUCUUCCCAAGGCGCAGGCACAAAAAGAGUUCAAGGCAGAAAACCCUUGUCCACAUGCUGAAUUUUUGGUGCUUGAACCCUGCUGUGGCCUUUUCCGAGUUAAAUGAYGUUAGAACAAUUGUUCUGACAUCAGGCACACUUUCCCCCAUGGAUUCCUUUUCCUCAGAGCUUGGUGUGAAGUUUUCCAUUCAGCUGGAGGCGAAUCACAUUAUCCGGAAUUCCCAGGUUUGGGUUGGCACGGUCGGAGCGGGCCCCAACGGGCGGAAGUUGCGUGCCACAUUCCAGCACACGGAGACCUUUGAGUUCCAGGAUGAGGUGGGAGCACUCCUGCUCUCGGUGUGUCAGACAGUUGGCCAAGGAGUUCUGUGCUUUUUGCCAUCCUAUAAGAUGCUGGACAAAUUAAAGGAUCGCUGGAUGCACACUGGCUUGUGGAGAAACCUGGAGAAUGUGAAAACAGUCAUUGCAGAGCCCCAGGGAGGGGCCAAGAGUGACUUUGACGAGCUGCUCAAUAUCUACUAUGAUGCAAUCAAAUGUAAAGGAGAAAAAGACGGAGCUCUCCUGAUUGCUGUGUGCCGAGGGAAGGUCAGUGAGGGGCUGGAUUUCUGUGAUGAGAAUGCCAGGGCAGUUGUGACCAUUGGAAUCCCCUUUCCAAAYGUGAAGGACCUUCAGGUGGAAUUAAAGAGGAAUUACAAUGACCAGCACAAAAGUACCAGAGGCCUUUUAUCAGGGAGUCAGUGGUAUGAAAUUCAAGCUUUUAGAGCUCUCAACCAAGCCCUGGGAAGGUGUAUAAGGCACAGGAAUGACUGGGGGGCUCUUAUUUUAGUUGACGACCGCUUCAGGAAUAACCCCAAUAAAUACAUAACUGGAUUAUCCAAGUGGAUCCGUCAGCAGAUCCAGCACCACGGAAGUUUYGGGAGCGCUCUGAAAUCCCUGCACGCCUUUGCUGCCAGGAACCAGAGGGGUGGGGAUGGAUCCUYCGAGCCUGGCAGCCAAUUCCCUGCACAUUUCAGCGACCUGUCACAAGGCUCUCAACCAGAGGCAGCCUUUCCUCUGUCACCAGAUGUUUCUGCUAAAAGUCAGGAGCACAAUUUGGGCUCAGAAGUGAAUUUUACUGCAGCCAUCAGCUCAGUUCAUCCCACAGCAUGGAAUGGGCCAAGUAACAGCAUGGCAAGAGUGGAACAAAGUGAUCAGAAAGUUGAUGUAAAGAGCCAUUCUCACCAUGAAAAACAAAGAAGAAAACAAAGGAGCUCCACCCCCAAAGUGUCAGCAAUUAAAGUAGAGACAGAAAAAAUGAAUGAUUGGACCAAUGCUGAUACUGUGGAAGAGAAUUGUGUUGAACCACCGACUUCAACUCCUGUAGCCAAGAGGUGCAGGGCCAGAGCAAGCAGCAAACUGGAGGAUGUGGAUGGGCCUGGUGAACUUAUUGAUCAUUUCAAUCAAUGCCAAUCAUCAUUAACUGCAGAACAUAAACCGAGUGGACCUGAAUCAUGCUUGGAAAGUGCUCAUUUUUCAGUUCAGAAUGCUGAAGGACAUCCUGAGAAGCUCCAGCUCCCAGCUGAGCCYUGCAGGGAGUUCCCUUCAGCAUCAGGGAGAGCUGAGGCUUCACCAUUAACUGUGGCAGAGGCUGAGGAUGAGGAUGAGAGCAUUUACUUCACCCCAGAGCUCUAUGAUGAUGCAGAAGCAGAAGAACUAAAAACUGACCCCCCAGUUCCAGCCUGUGAUACCACUGGGAUUUGGGUGGAAUGUGGGAAUUCCACAAUCCCUGAUGAUCAUUUUGCCAUCAACACCUCAGAAACGCUGAGUGUGACUGAACAAACUGGGGCUGCCAGGAGAAAUCCCCAUGGAAUCAUGGAAAAUGAGAGGAGCAGGGACAGUGAGGUGGCAKCUGCAGCAGGAGCAGAGCAGGGAGGAUCUCAGGGGAUGGACACCUCUAAAAGGAAAAUCAGCCUUUCCAGAUCCCGAAAUAAAGGUGUGUCAUCCUCUCUGCUGGGCACUGGUGRCACCUGGUGACAGUGUCUGUGGGCACCAUGGUGGGCAGCCCUUCCAGCACCACUAAAAUGAUAUAAAUUUGUGAAAUUAUUUUUUAGGGAGAUCUUUAAGGAUUUAUUCCCCACUUUAAUACAAAGAGRUUGCAGUUUUAUUGCUCAUAGUCCAGAUAUAAAGGGAAAAAAAGCAUCAGCAGAGGCAAACAGCCACAGCUUCCCUGUCCUCAUGGAACAAAAACUGCCCUCAGGCUCCAUUUCUCAUGAUGUUUUUAGGUUUUUCACUGGCAGAGUUUGCAAUGUGCUGUUUUCUGUAGAAAUAAUGAAGAUUCUUCAUCCUGACUUCAUGGCUAAAGGACAUCAUGUCUGGGAAUUCUAAACAGAAAUCUAAAUAGGCUCUGAUAUGGAAUUAUUGGUUUAUCUGUUACAGAUUUAAUUAAUUCACCAUUAAAUACAUUCAAAUAAUUGUGUUAUUCCUCUGAAAGCAAAACACUCCUAUAACCAAAUGGUAGUUUUCUGCAUUUGUUAGAUUUGUUUUUUUUAAUAAAACASUAUUUUUGUAGAUCAAGUCAUAGAUUGACCCUAAAAACCAAAACAGGUGUCUUCUGCAGUACUUUGAAUCUUUCCAAUUUCUUACAUCAUGAUGUCCAGCAGCAGCUGUGCACAUUUUGGUAUUUGUUGAAGGUGAGAGGCUUCCCCAGGAAUCUUUGUUUGAUUUCUGUAAAAGCUGAGGUUUCUUUUCUCCUUUUGUGAGAGGAUCUGAUUUCUGUAGGUUGGAUUCUGUGUGUAUUGAUGUCAAAACCUCAUUUGUAUGUCCUACAARCACAUUUUGCAUGCAACAUAAAAAAUGUCAAUUGUACACAAAGAUCUUUGAAUCUUUCCCAGUCUAUUUUUUGGCAGUAUUUUAAAAGUUUCUUUCAUUUAUUUUAAUCAAAACAGCCAGGAUUUUUUCUGUAAUAAAAAAUACUGACUUUUCAAGAAAAAAUUGUUCAUUGCCAUCCUCCAUUAAGAUGAAGAUGCAGGAUUUUUACAAUCUAAAGAUUGGUUCAUCUUUUUGUUUGACAGUAGAAAUGAAAUUAUUAACUGGUUAUUUUCCAUUGAAGUUCAUCUAAAUAACAUUUUGAAUCCAUCUCUACAGAUCUGUGAACGUGCUAAUAUCGAUAGGAUUUAAAUUGUGCCCUUUCUUUAAACAUAAAUUCAUAAUUCUUCAUAAAUGCACCUUUAUGAAAUUGGAUGCUCUGCAAGAAUCACAAGAACACUGUUCGAUUUCUUUAACUUGCAGUUUUUGACAUAAGGCAUUUAGUUCAAUUUUUGCAAUAUUGAUGAUCAGAUUUCCUUGGUUUAGGUUUCCUGGAUUUCACUGGGUUUGAUUUAGUUGAUAUGGCAGAAACUGCAGUAUUGAAAGCAUCUGAUACAUCUGAAGGCAAAUAUCUUUAAUUUCUGUUGAAGCAGUGAAGAGCUGCCCUGGCAGCUGGGGCAGCCCCAUUCCCCAGAAUCCUUUAGCUGAUCCUCAAGAGUCUUGAAUGACUUAGUUUUCCUAAAGCAAAUCUUCUGCACCAAACCAUUUUUUGUGUUUUUAUCUAAACAGAUAASAGAAAUCACUUAAGCUUUGGGACUUGUCUGCUCAUCCAGCGGCCCACGGCCUCUUCUUUGUCUUUCAGAAGAUUUGUCUGUCUUUAAAUCCAUAACAUUGGAAAGAAAAGAAGAAAAUCCAUCUCCCUUUCCUUAUCUGGAGCAGAUUGUUCCUUUCUUGAUCUCAUGUUGCAUCUUCCUUUGAGCAGAAAUCCUUUAAGGCCUGCUUUGUAUCAAACACUUCACACUAAUUUACACCACCUACAUUUUAUAUCAAAUUAACCAUUACUUCUAAAAGAUGUGUUGAAAGCUCAGCAUUUGCUACUGUGUUUUCUUGAAACAUCAGCAUUUGCUACUGYGUUUUCUUGAAAAAUUUCUGUCCUCUAAAAACUCAAAUCCUGAGCAGUGCUCAGGACAGCAGGUGGGUAAAACUCCUUUGUGUUACUGCUGGGUUUGGGUUGUUUCUUUUGGUGUAAAUUCAUUUUUAAUUUAUCUUUAUAUCUAAUAAUUGUGGGUUUUAUCAUGUUAGAGGUAAGAAAGUUCUUUAUAAGUAAUAAAUUUACUCCUAGGAUGAAAUGCUGCCCAGCCUGUAGAGAAAAGGGAAGUGAAGUYGAUAUACUGAAUUUCCAAGAAUUAUUCAUUUAGAUGUAUCACAUCUAUCAAGGCUAAAAUAUUGAAAAUUAUUCUCCUACUUAYUAGUAGCUUGGUGUAAUCUCUGCUGCCUAAAAUAGUAACAAAAUCUUGAAUUUAUUUAAGGAYUGAAAGUUCAGAGGAGAUGCAGGAGAAGGAAAGCUGCCCUUAGGCAAAGUGGCUCCUCCCGAGAGAGAAAGGUACCACAUCCAUGGAUUCCAGUUCUGAGUGGCUGCUGYUGAGUGUUGAGGUGCAAGGGAAUUAAGAAUGAUUUGUUAUAUCAUUUUUUAAGUGAAAGAAUAGAAUGAAAUARUUUCUCCCUGAUCUGCAGAUCUSUGAUUUACACUCUCAAUAGAUACCUUUGUUCCUCAUGGGAAGCACAAAGGCACCAACCCUCCCAGGCUCCUUUGCAAAAUCCCCAACAAAUCCUUAGCCUGCAGUUUUAUAGACUAUAAAAUACCUCAUAUUUUAUAUGACAGAGUUCCUAUUUAAGUGAGAUUAAGCAUUUUUAGAAGCAUAUUUUAAUUAUUAAUUACUGAUAAACAUUAACUCAGAUUCCUUUGAGUAUUUCAAGUSCUGUAUUUCUCUGAAGCAAUUUUGAUAGAUUUUAUCUGAUUURUAUAUAAAUACUUCAAUCUGCAUCGUUGCUAUAUGCAAAUUUACAUGCAUUUGUGCAUUGCUCUGUUAGAAGGAAACACACAACCAGCCUUGCAAGAAAGGAAUUUAUUGUGUUGUCUGUGGAGCUGAAAUCCUGCCCAGAGCAGAGGGUAAGAUCAAUUGUUUUAUUGGGAAUGGUGGGAUUUCUCAUCCAUCCUUUUACUUUCCCAGUUUGGGAUGCUGGAGGGCUAUUUUAGAAUAAUGGGUGCAUUUCUGCACUGGAUUUGGUUUCUAGAUAAAUGAGUUCUCAGAACUGCACCAGAGACCUGCAGGAAGCCUUUUUCAGGGAGUUGUCACAAUAACA